AUGGAUUUCGCUACCCCAGCAAAGUUCGACGUGUACAACGAGCCAAACAACGUGGCUCAUCGCUGGGAAAGGUACGUGAAAUCAGUCAAAAUCUAUCUCGCCGCAAAAGGGAUAAACGCUGCUCCACGACAAAGAGCAAUAUUACUUCACUGUGCAGGCAGCGACGUUCAAGACAUUGCUGAGAAUAACAUUACGGACACGGGAACGGACUUUGCAACUUUGACAAGGAAACUCACCGAAUAUUUCGCAGCCCAAAACAAUGUCGUCUUCGAAAGAUACCAAUUUCGCCAAUGUACACAACUAGAGGGCGAAAAAGUCGAUUCUUGGCACACCAGACUUCGCAUUAAAGCCCGAAUGUGUGAAUAUGACAACCAAACAGAUAGUAUAAUCCGAGAUCAAAUUGUCGCUUGUUGUUCUUCCACUAAACUCAGGCGUAAACUGUUGGAAACUCCAAACAUUUCCUUGCAAGAGGCACUAAAGACCGCCCGUUCACUCGAAGCCGCUGAAAUGCACGCUAAAGCCAUCGAAAAAAGCGAGAUAAGCGGAAAUAACAACCCAGAAAGCAGCUCCGAUGAACUCUCGAGUCUUCGUCAACACCGGAAGCCGAGCGACAAACGCAAAAAGGAACCGGGCUGGGUCGAGCGCGCCCGGAAACAGGAACAGCAACAAACUCGGAAAUCACCGUCACAUGAGACAUGCUAUCGUUGUGGCGAACUAGGACAUCGCAUAUGUGAUAAAGCCCGAGGCAAGACAUGUAGUCGUUGCGGAAAGAGAAAUCACUUCGCAAAGGCAUGCCGAAGCACCCAGGGGCCUCCGGCACGUAAUGACGAAAUGAAUGCAUUACACCGGGCGGAGACUGCUGUUGAAUUCGCAAAGUAUGUUUCACGCGAUAGCAGCGAAGAGGAAAUUUUCACCCUACAAGCUCCCCACCCCGAUAUCAACAAAAACAAUGCUAGAAUGUCUCUCCUACUCAAUGGUUUCCCCACAACAUUGCUUGUUGACUCGGGAGCCAGCGUCAACGUGCUCCCCUUACAUGUAUACCAGAAAGUCAAACAACUGGGUUCCAAGCCGGAGCCUACGUCCACAUGUAUCUACCCAUACGGCAGCAGACAACCUCUCAAGAUUUUGGGCGCAUGUCACAUCACUGUGGAUGCAUUUGGCAAAAGUCCUCAGUAG